UGGACACCAUGUUACUGAAUCGGCAUUCUACCACAAACAACUCGGCUAUCAGAAAGUCGUAAAAUAAGAAAUACAUUUAAAAUGGGCAUCUCUUUUCUAAUGUCAUUCAAAUUGGUGAUGUGCAGUGCAUUUUUCCUCUUGGCUGGUCAAGUUCAAUCAGCAGUGAUAUGUUCAGAGCCAACAAACCUUGCUGAACAGUACGCUCAAUAUUUGUCCCAAGAAUCGGGGUCAAGUAUAGAUGAAUUACUGGGUUCAUAUUCAGCAAACAACACGCGUCCGGAUGAAGAAGAACAACUUAUCUUCGGUAACAAAGUCUGUCCUUCAAGCCUGAGAGUCAUUACAUCUGAUCCAAAAAGCAAAGUCCACGAAAGAACCACUUGUCCAUAUUUCCUCGUGGCUUCCCAUCUUUCCACACGGUACCCAAAGAUCAUAACAGAGGCUCGAUGCAAAUGCCAAGCUUGUCUGGAAGAAAAUGGUCCCAGUACCGCCACUCGAUGCGAGCCCGUAUACAGACCAGUGAGAAUUCUUACUAGGAAAUCAGUCUGUGUUGAUGGGGUUUAUCAGUAUUCAGAACAAACAUAUAUGAAACAAGAGGGAUGUACUUGUGCCAAAAAAACCGAAGCAGUAUCAGGCUCAGGGUCAAAUACAAGCUCCGGUAGUGACCCUGCUACAAUGUGAAAAACAAUAGGCAGCGUUUACCACAGUCUUUCAAAGGCAUCCCUGAAAACGAUACUCAGUUCUGAAAAUGUUGUGUACCCCUGCUAUAAUCGUAAUUUAUUGUGUGCCUGUCUCAUGUAC